AUGUCGGGUGGGAAGCGCAGGGCGCCGCCAAAGGCAGAGAAGCUUGUUGAUCACCACCUUGGCAUCGUGAAGGAUGCUGCUGGCAAGUAUCAGGGGCACCCUCUUAUUUUGAUGGGGAAGUCCAUGGGAUCGAGGGUUAGCUGCAUGGUGGCAAGCUCCACUGACAUUGAUGUUUCUGCUGUUGUAUGCUUGGGUUACCCACUAAAGGGAGUGAAUGGAGCAGUGAGAGAUGAGACACUCUUAGAGCUGAAGGUACCAACGAUGUUUGUUCAGGGAAGUAAAGAUGCCCUGUGCCCCUUAGAUAAACUUCAGUCUACUCGCAAGAAGAUGACCUGCAAGAAUGAACUGCAUGUCAUUGAUGGCGGUGACCACUCUUUUAAGGUUGGCAAAAAGUACCUAGAGUCUAGAGGGUUAAAUCAACAUGAUCUUGAAAUGGAAGCUGUUAAAGCAAUUUCACAAUUUGUCCAGAACUCUUUCACUGAGAACUGUACCUAG